CAUCGCAUAAACUAAAAUCCAUAAUAAUCAAAACAUUUCAAAAACAACCAAACUUUAUAUAUCCAUCAACAAUACAUAGGCCCAUAGUAAGCCGCAUAUAUUAUAUAUUAUAUUAGUAUAUUAUAGUAUAGUAUCGACCCGUGGCUUAAAACCAGAACAACCAUAUUUAUCUGGUUCUAUUUUCCUCCAACACCACCUCUUCAAACAAAAGCAAAUUCUGCUCCUUUUUUUGUUAAAUUAAAUCAUUUGAAUAAACUCAUACCAUCAUAUGUUAAUCCAUAAUUAAUUGUAAAACGAUUUUAAUCAAAAUAAAAUAAAUAAAUUAUUAUGAUGCUUUCACGCUUAGGUCGCUCAAUUUCUCGAUCAUCAUCUCGUUCUAGGAAUGUAUUGAUUGGAGGAAGAUCACAGAUACUGACUGAUUCUUGUUCAUCAGUGUAUAAUGAUUCACAGAAUGUUAUUGGAAAUGGAGAUAAAUUAGGGUUUUUGAAACGUUAUUUAUCUUCAUUUUCUGCAGCUAAUAAUAAUAAUAAUGAUAAUAUAUUAGGGUCAAAUCCAAAAGUGGUGUCUGAUUUGAAGUACUUGCUUGCAAACCCUAGUUUUCGACGGUUUUUCUCCAGUGAAAGCCCUAAGAAAAAAAAUUAUGAAAACUUUUACCCCAAGGAAAAGAAGGAAACACCAAAAGCGGAUGACCAGAAAGCUGAAUCAAAAGAAGAAUCGAAUUCAGAAGAUGAUGGGGGUUUCUUUCCAAAACAAUUCCAAUUCCAAAUACCGAUUCCACUAAUAGUGAUUGGAUUGUUACUCUUUUCAUCGCUAUCUUUUGGUCCCCGUGAACAGAAGCAGAUUAGUUUUCAGGAGUUCAAAAAUAAGCUUUUGGAACCAGGCUUGGUGGAUCAUAUAGUUAUAUCGAACAAAUCAGUCGCAAAAGUAUACGUCCGAAACACACCACGCAAUCAAUCAACUGAUGGCUCUGCUGAAGGGACUUCAAUUGAUUCACCUACAAAAGUGAAUACCAGCCGGUAUAAAUACUACUUUAAUAUUGGAAGCGUUGAAUCUUUUGAAGAAAAAUUAGAAGAAGCACAGGAAGCACUUGGGAUAGAUUCUCAUGAUCACAUUCCUGUCACAUAUGCUUCUGAAAUGGUUUGGUAUCAAGAAAUUAUGCGAUUUGCUCCAACACUUUUGUUACUUGGUUCCCUUUGGUACAUGAGUCGGAGAAUGCAAGGUGGUUUAGGUGUUGGAGGUGGUGGUGGGAAAGGUGCCCGUGGAAUAUUUAACAUUGGAAAAGCCCAUAUUAAUAAAGUCGAUAAGAAUGCAAAAAAUAAGGUCUUUUUCAAUGAUGUCGCGGGCUGUGAUGAAGCAAAACAAGAGAUCAUGGAGUUUGUGCACUUUCUCAAGAAUCCAAAGAAAUACGAGGAAUUGGGAGCCAAAAUCCCGAAAGGUGCUCUAUUGGUUGGGCCACCAGGCACAGGCAAAACCCUAUUAGCUAAAGCAACUGCAGGGGAAUCUGGUGUGCCAUUUCUCUCGAUUUCUGGAUCAGAUUUUAUGGAAAUGUUUGUUGGUGUGGGUCCUUCGAGGGUUAGAAACUUGUUCCAAGAGGCUAGACAGUGUGCACCUAGUAUAAUAUUCAUUGAUGAGAUCGAUGCAAUAGGUCGUGCCAGGGGACGUGGAGGGUUUUCGGGUGGUAAUGAUGAGAGGGAAAGUACACUUAACCAACUGCUUGUCGAAAUGGAUGGGUUUGGGACUACUGCUGGUGUGGUUGUUCUUGCAGGGACUAAUCGUCCUGAUAUUUUAGAUAAAGCUCUUUUAAGGCCUGGAAGAUUUGAUAGACAAAUUAGCAUUGACAAACCUGAUAUCAAAGGCCGAGAACAGAUAUUUCAAAUCUAUUUGAAAAAGCUCAAGCUUGAUAAUGAACCAUCUUAUUUCUCUGAGAGACUUGCUGCCCUAACUCCAGGAUUUGCUGGAGCUGAUAUAGCAAAUGUUUGCAAUGAAGCAGCUUUGAUUGCUGCUAGACGUGAGCAGACUAAGAUAACCAUGGACCAUUUUGAUGGAGCCAUCGAUAGGAUCAUUGGUGGGCUCGAGAAGAAGAACAAGGUGAUUAGCAAGCUUGAACGGCGAACUGUAGCUUAUCAUGAAGCGGGACAUGCGGUUGUGGGGUGGUUUUUGGAACACGCGGAACCUUUGUUGAAAGUCACCAUUGUUCCUCGUGGUACAGCAGCACUUGGGUUUGCUCAAUAUGUACCAAGUGAGAAUCUACUCAUGACUAAGGAACAGCUUUUUGACAUGACAUGCAUGACGCUUGGUGGCCGUGCUGCUGAGCAGGUUCUCAUAGGGAGGAUUUCAACUGGAGCACAAAAUGACUUGGAGAAAGUAACAAAAAUGACAUACGCUCAAGUUGCCGUAUACGGAUUUAGUGAGAAGGUAGGUCUCCUCUCCUUUCCUCAAAGGGAUGACGGGAUGGAGAUGACCAAACCAUACAGCAGCAAAACUGGUGCAAUCAUCGACACUGAAGUUAGAGAAUGGGUUAACAAGGCAUAUCAACGCACGGUCUCGCUUGUGGAAGAGCACAAAGAGAAACUUUCUCAAAUCGCCGAACUUCUGCUCCAAAAAGAAGUCCUCCAUCAAGACGAUUUGCUAAAAGUAUUGGGUGAACGCCCAUUUAAAGCACCUGAAAUGACUAAUUAUGACAGAUUUAGGCACGGGUUCGGAGAUGAAGAUGCAAAAGCUGACCAGACCGAAGAGGGUGGGACCACCCUAGACAACCAGUCUCCACCACCACUUGAGCCUGAUGUAGUCCCUGCAUAGGAGCUUUUUCCAGAAAAGAUGUAUGGAGACUUUUAGUGACAAAGAAGUUCAUCCCUCCCUAUUUGGAUUUGUAUCGAGAAAGAUUUAAGUGGCGGAGUGAAGCAAUGAUCUGUCUUCAAGCUGUAUUGGUGACACAUUUAGCUUUGCUUGUUGGCUAAUUGUAUAAGCAAGUGCCAGUGAAUGAUGAUGAUACAAAAAGAACACGAUGUAAAAAUCCUGUGAUGCAUUUUCAUUCUUUUAGAGUUUUUCGCUCUUUGGACAUUAUGAACAUAAGUUUGUACUGGUUCUGGUCCUGAAACAUUGUUAAUUAUGUAUUAGACGCAUAAUGCCAACACUUGCAUAAAAAUUUCUUCAA